UGCUGAAUGGAUCCUGAAGCCAGCCGGCUGCCAGCCCAGGUCCUGGGAGAGAACGAGGCGCUGCAGCAGUUCUUCAAUGGUCAGGAUGUGAGCGGUGUGUUGGACAGUUCUGUCGCGGUUGACACGAGCAUGCUGGAGCAGUACCUCAGCAACGAUGUGGACCCCAUCAGCUUCAUGCUGCCCGAGUCUCCUCCUGAUUCGGGCUCAGAGGCCUGGUCACCUGCACAGUUUCCAGGGAACCUCAGCUACAUGUCAUCCUAUUGGUCCAACCAGCCAACCACGCAGGAGGCAUUUCAACCCACAAAUGCAUCUGCUGCUUCCUCCUCCUGUCACUUUAAGGGUCGACGGCCUGCCCCCUCCAACCCCAACAAGCUGACUCAUGAUCAGCUUUGUACUUUGGGACUCACAAACACUUAUAUCAAGUCUGGGACUCCACCUGCCCCUCCUGGUCCACCUGGACCACCUGGACCACCUGCUCCUCUGCAGCAGCACCACACACAUAACUCACCUGGACAAUCAUGCUAUCUAAGUCCAGAGAAAUACUCGCAAUCUUACACUCCACCCACACCUCCUUCUCCACCUUUACCACCUUCAAACACCUACACCACAGCCUGCACUGGACCAGGCUUGCUCCCAAAUCUAACCACACCCUCUCCAACCCAUAUGCUGGGCUCUGCCUCCACACUACAAACCUGCACCUUAGAGAGGAAAAAAAGGAGGAGAUCAGAGUCUGAGGAACCAUCUGCAGGAGUUGGCACCUCCUGCUCUGAUGGUGAAGGAACUCAUGGUGGUGUGGGGAGCACUGCAAGUGUUGGUGGAAUGGGUGUGGGAUCCUAUCAACUACUAUCUUGGGAACAGUACAGGCCAGAACAGUGGAGCACUUUGCACGACAGCAACUACCAGACACUGUCUCCUCCUGCCUACCACGUUGAUACAGAUAAAGGCUUCAACUACUCCACAGCUGACGAGUCCUUUGUUUGCCAAAAGAAGAACCACUUUCAGGUCACUGUUCACAUUGGUGUGGAUGCAGAGCCACAGUACAUCAAAACGGCCAGUGGGCCACAGGAAAUCGACUUUUUCCAGAUAAAAGUGUUCGGGGUUAAGCUGGAAACUCCAAGUCACCUUGUGACCAUUGAACAAUCUCAACCUGACCGCAGCAAAAAACCCUUUCAUCCAGUCAGGGUCAGUCUACCCGGUGGCAAAAUAACCAGAGUAACACUUGGCCGACUGCACUUCAGCGAGACGACGGCCAACAACAUGCGAAAAAAAGGCAAACCAAACCCUGACCAGAGGUAUUUUCAGAUGGUGGUUGGUCUGUAUGCUGUAGUCAAAGAUGAGAGUUUUCUCCUGACAGCUUUGGUGUCGGAGAAGAUUAUUGUCAGGGCUUCAAACCCUGGUCAGUUUGAGACAGAUGGGGAUACCAUGUGGCAGCGCGGAGUGGUGCAGGAAGAUUUGGUCUGUCAGGGUCGGGUGGGCAUCAACACCGACUCCCCUGAUGAGGCACUGGUUGUCUGCGGUAACGCCAAAGUGAUGGGCACCAUCAUGCAGCCAUCUGACUGUCGCGCUAAGGAGAACAUACAGCAGGUCGACUCUGAGCAGCAGCUGAAGAGAAUUAAUCAGAUGAAGAUAGUCGAGUUUGAUUAUAAACCAGAGUUUGCUUCCAAAAUGGGAAUAGACCACACCCACCAGACAGGUAUUAUAGCUCAGGAGGUGAAAGAGCUGCUGCCGUCUGCAGUGAAAGACGUUGGAGAUGUCAUCUGUUCUGAUGGAGAGAAAAUUAAUAACUUCCUCAUGGUGGACAAGGAGCAGAUCUUCAUGGAAAAUGUGGGCGCAGUGCAGCAGCUGUCAAAGCUCACUGACAACCUGGAAACUCGUAUCAAUGAACUUGAGGUCUGGAACCGUCGACUGGCAAAGCUGAAGAGUCUGACGGGUAGCCUACGAUCCACUGGGAGACCUCAGAAACACAGCAGCAUGUCGACAAUAUCAAUACCUGAUGCAUGUAAGACUGAAAAAGUGCAAAGGGAGGAGAAAAGUCACAAAUACAGACGGUGCCUGCGGCACAAAGUCUUCCAGAUAAGCGUCUUCGCUCUGCUGGCCACUAUGGCUUUCUGUGUCAUCUCCAUCACCACUCUAUACCUAGUAAACUUGAAGGAGGAAGAUUUUGGAACCAUUCCUGGAAACAGUAAUACCACUGAGACUCCUCUGCAAACCUCAUCAUGGACCAGCACAGUCCUGCCAACUGGUACUCCUGGCCUCUGGCCCCCUGCUGUGGACUUCUGUGAUCUGCUAUACUGUGAUAAGGUGUACUGCUGCCCUUCAUCAACAGAGGGCACCACUAACUCAAACAUCAACAUCUCCAAAUCAACAGAAAUACCUGUUAUGAAAGGUAAAGUUAUUUCAUUCUCUAAAAAAAACAUUGAAGAUUUUUAUGGACAGCUGAAAAGUGCUGGAGACUGGACGAACACCACUAUCCAUUCUAUCACGAUCAAAGAAAGCCAGCUGGUGAUUGACAGAAAAUACUGCCUAAGAGACGAAUGUGGCCCCAGUCGAUACAUCUUCAGAGUUCCUGUCAGUGAGUUUGUUCCUGUCAACAUGAAAGUAACCCUGCUCAUGAACUCUACAGAGGAGUUGGUAGUCCAUCUGUGUGGUUUUGAUGAGUCCACGGUCUGUUCUGCUCAGCUGGAUAUCAGCACUGUGUCUGACAGCAGAUACCCAUCAAAUACACAGGGGGAACAUGAAUGGCCUCUUCAUGUGGCUCGCCUUUAUCAAAGCUGGUAUCACUUCCGCUCAACAGUGGCUGGUCAAGCAGACUGCAGUACCAACUAUCAAUACGCGGGGGCGCUCUUCACAGACUACCACUUCUACUUCUACAGACACUGCACCGAAUUUUAG